AUGUCGGAAGUCAAUGAAGCUGUCUUGGUCAACGACAACUUCAACCCUCUAGAGGUGUUACUUGAACACAGUAAAAUAUGGAAGAUCAGCACAGGGUAUGAACCGCUGGGCCAAUGUCAUCCUAAGAAUGAUCUGCAAACCCAAGCAGGGUUCAAAUGCCAUGAAGUCUUCUUAUUCAAGAACGGGUUUUGCUGUUGGAUUUACGCGGUUAUCGACCAACGAGCGUCAGAUGCCACGGAGGCAGAUACACUCACAGAAAACUCGCUAUUCAAUGUCAAUCUGACUGUGAAGGUCAAGAACGGGGACGACUGGCUGAAAUGUACCAAACCCUACAAGGAUGUCGCAGUAGUGGAUGUUGUCAUGUGCAAGGUCAACAAUGGAACUCGGGCUUUCGUCGGCGUCCUAUGUUUACUUGUCGAAUUCAAGUGGUACAAGGUACAAUACACCAACAACAACACGCGAUCCCAUAAAUGGUUCGAACGUCCGCCCGAGGAGAUCCAAGCAGGCCUGACGAUUGAGCGAACAUCAGAAUUCAAUCCGAACAACAUGCCUUUCAGGUAUUCCGACGUUGGCAGCGAUGAGGGUUACAUCAUGGCGUCUGAGUAUGCGUUCCGGAAAUCUGCACAAGCAAACAGAUUUUUUCGAGUUAAUCUGGUGGAGCGUUCAUCUCCUGAUCUAAAGAAAUCACUCGUCCUGUUCUCAGAUCUCUACAUACGAAAGGGAGAGAGCGGUAAAAUUUACAUUCGGCUUAUGAUCAUGAAUAGCGACUACAAAUGGCCAAUGACAACCAAUACGCCAUUAACGAUGGAUUUAACAAUUAAAAAGGGGACUGAAAAAGAGAAAUGGAAGGCAAAGCCCUAUCACGCGGAGAUAAUAGCCUUCAACCCUUGGGCUGUCCACGUGGUAUCUGGAAAUAGCCUCGCGUUUCUAGGGGUUUCCCUUCCUAUACGCGAUGCAUAUGAAGCUCAGUUCUUCGAAGAAGCAUUCGAAGAUAUGGCUUCGGUGGAGGUGAAAUAUUCUUUGACACGACAGAGUUUGGACUAA